AUGAUGAGCGCUAAGAUCCACCCAGAGCUCUCUGCGUACGAAGCAGCCGUGGAGAUGCUGCACCAAUCGGCAAACUACGUCUACCAGAGUGCGCUCGCGUGGCACUUGCAGCCGCAGCUCGCCAUCGACGGCGUCGACGGUGCUCUCUCGUGGCCGACGACGCACUAUCAAAGCCAGCAACUUGCAGCGCGCUACGCCCACCACUGCAUCCUUCCAGCGACUUGCGUUCGCAUCGCCAACAAGGCCGCCUGGACAUCGCUUCUCCAAACGAGCUUGUUGCCCGCUGUUCAAAAGACGCUAGGUGUCACCAGCAUCCGAGUCGGGGCCGUCUACUCUCAUCUUUGCAUCGAUGCGCACGGCUCGUCGGCGAGCCUCACACCGCGACCAAACAUUGCUUACGCCUUUGGGACGCUCCUCAUCACGCUGCCGGCAUCGGAAAAAGGCGGCACGAUGACAGUUGCCCGCGGCAGUCACUCGACAACGCAGUGUCCAUCGCCAUUGACGGCACAAGUCUUGGCGACGUUCUCGGAUGCAACCAUCAUGUCGGCGCCUAUCACGUCACGUCGUCGCGUUGUGCUUGUCUACGCACUGGUGGCUGUCGAUGGCGACGUCGUUAAAGUGCCGCCGACCCGCACCGCCGCCCUCGCCGCGUUGACGGCGAUCGCCGAGCGUCCGCCGCUUCGACUGCAGCGCAUUGGCGUUCGCUUCAAGACGUGCAAUCGGUGUCGCAUCGCUUCAUUUUCGGACCUUGGGCCACAGGACGCUACUUUGGUCGACGCUCUUUUGGCGACGGGCCGCUUUGACGUGGCGCUCGUCCAGCUCAAGGCACCCGCUCUUCACUAUGGCGAGAAACGCAGCUACAUUAUCACCAAGGCCAUGCUACACCCCGCGUCCUCGAUGCCCUCCGACAUCGCCGUCACAGGCCAUUCGGUCGACGCAGUUGUGGGUGCCCAAUGGCAUGGAGUCAUUUGCUGCGCUUUCGUGUUUUGGCCCUCGUCGUUUCGCACGAGCUUUGUGGGCCUCGACCUCGCGCUGCGUCUCGCACACGGCGCGAUCGCCACGACGGAAGGCACUGGUCGCCUUGGGCUGAGCGUCCGCGAUCUUGUUCGCGGAACCGUAGCCACCUUUGCAAGGACGACACCACCGUCACGUGCGAGGAGCGUGGCGCACCUCGUGGUUCAGAGCCGCGACGUGGACCUCGUGGACCGUUAUCUGCGUGAUGUGAUGCCGGUGACCACCACGCUGGGCGACAUGGCCACUACCGUUCAUACGUGCUUGCACGCAUAUGGCUGGACGACAAUCUAUCCCGCGCUCGAAGCCUUUUUGGAGCGCUGGCUGACGGCACGUGAAGCGAGCGGCGUGAGUCAUCUCGUCACGAGUCUGGCUGGCAUCUUCACCGGCGUCACCGCGCUGUGCCCACCGUUGCGACAGCCCUUUGUGGGCGAGUUUGUCAAAAUGUGCUGGCAGCAUUUGCUCAAGACGACGGCCCCGCCCAUGCAGCAUUGGAUCCUCGUGGACGCGUACUUGAUGGACAAAGUGCCGCACCUCGUGCGUGGCAACUGGCUCGACGUGCGGCUACCGCCCGCGCUCGUUGGUAUGGUCGAUGGUUUUCUCUAUGGACGCUUCUUUGUAUCGGCACUCGCACGCAAGCAGGUGUCGGCGUCGAAGCAACUCCAGCAGCUGCCAUUUGGGCUCGUCCAGGCCAUUGCAAGCCACCCGACGCUGCCCCAGCAACGGUACCUUGACGUGCUGGCGACCUCGAUCAACGAACUCGUGCGCACCAGUGUCGACGUCGGGCGGGAGAAACCGCAAGCCGUGUCGUCGAGUGAUGUUGGCAACAUCAUGGAUGCCAUGCACCGUCUAGGCUGCAUCAAUGCGGCACUGCUGACGGCGUGUCGAGUGAUUAGCAGCCCCGAGCGCGUCGUUGCCGGUCUUUUGCUGUUCCUACAGCUGCCGGCACCACCCUUGCUGCCCUCGGCGCAGUCGGCCAUUGCCGACUUUGUCGAGUCGGCGGCCCCGACGUUCCACUAUACCGACCACACGCAGCACGACGACGUCCUCUCUAGCCUCGUUGACGUGAUCGAGGUGCUCACGCUCACUGCGCCUCGCGAGGUGCUGUCGUUUGUGACGGCCUGGUGUGCAGCGCUGCCCGAAACACUGGACGCGACCCGCUCGAGCCUCUACCCCGUCGUCGCGAUGCUCUAUAGCCGGUUUCAGGGCAAGGACCUCGACCUUGUCGUGCACCUGGCGGAGCCGUGCUUGGCAGCGUUGCUACAAGGCGGUGCGCUCACCCCGGUGCCCGCAUUGAACGACUUUGUCUUGACGGCCAUCGACGUGGACGCAGACCACUGCGACGAGUGCGCAGCGUUUGCCCUCGAAGAGCUCGUGAAGGCCUACCCGCUCCAGCUUUUGCUGGACCAAGUGGACGGAAGCGACGACUCGGCGAGCGACUCUGACGACGAGCGUUCGGCCAAUUUUUUCAUUUGGAAGCGAGCGCAACCCGGUGGUGCAACGAUUGACGACCUUCUCGAGUAUCUUCACCGCAGUGCACAGCGGCAAGGAGACAUUGCGCGCGUUGCAGUGCUCGACGAGGUGCUCGCACUCCAUGCGGCCGCCAUGGACGUCGACGCACCUGCGCCAAAGCGCCCACGUCAUGAAACGUAG